AUGGCGAACUUUCCAACACUCACAAAGGUUGCAAACCUAAAGGAGCAUCGGUUCGAGAAGCCGGUGAAAAAGAUUUUCGAUGGUCCAGACGUCUCCUCCUUCCUGAUGUCACUCGCAUAUCGGGAUAUCAUGACAUUCGUGUUACAACUGAACAGGUCUGUUUUGCCACGCAAAACCCAGACGGGAGGAGGAACGAGCACAAUCACGACGUGGCGACUAGACUCAGAGGAUCUUGUGUACUCAGAUGCCAUCUCUCGCCUGCGCAGCCUGUUGAACAAGCUAAUUGAGCUCGUCGACGCCGUCCCUCCGGAUACCGGCCCGAGGCGAUUUGGCAAUGUCAGCUUCCGCAAGUGGUUCAAGAUCGUCGAGGAGCAGGUUGACGCGUUGUUGACGGAAUAUCUGCCAGAAGAACUAGCACCAGCGCAUGAAGAGCUCGGUGCAUAUCUCCUGGGGAGCCUGGGCAGUCCCCAAAGGCUGGAUUACGGCACGGGCCACGAGCUCAGCUUUUUGGCGUUUCUGGCCUGCCUGUGGAAGCUGAGUUUCUUCGCCGACGACACUGAGCAGCCGGGAGUGGAAGAGCGAGGAAUCGUCCUGGGCGUGUUCGAGCUGUACCUCGUGCUCAUCAGGAAACUCAUCAAGACAUACACGCUGGAACCGGCCGGGUCCCACGGCGUCUGGGGCUUGGACGACAAUUCGUUCCUGCCGUACGUGUUCGGCUCCGCGCAACUGUGUCCGCCCAUCACCGAGACAGACGACACGCCCACUGAAGGAUCACUCCCCGACGCGCCAGACGCCUCGGCAGUGACCAAACCCAACCUAGUCGAAAAGGAGAAGAAGUCAAAUAUGUACUUCUCAGCCAUCGCCUUCAUCUACGACGUCAAGAGGGGCCCCUUUUGGGAACACAGCCCGAUGCUCUUUGACAUUUCGGGCAUCAAGGACGGAUGGGGUAAGAUCAACAAGGGCAUGAUCAAGAUGUACAACGCCGAAGUCCUGUCAAAGUUCCCCGUCGUCCAGCAUUUCCCCUUUGGAUCGCUGUUGAAAUGGGAGAGGGAUCCUGAGGCGAAGCCGCCGCCAUCUUCUACACAUGCCGCGAGUCAGCCGCUCCGAAAUCCCACGGAUACGAAUGCCCCGAGUGCGAUGAGGCCCGGUGGUCCAGGUCCGCCGAUGGGGUCGACCGCUGCUCCCUGGGCUGCUGUGAAGCCGUCAGCAGCAGCGCCAGCGGGGUUUGUCAACGGUGUCACGCAGGCGCCGUGGGCGAGUAGUCGAGCACCGCCGCCACCACCUCCCCGGGGCGGUUUCACUGCAGCACCGAGACGUCCCCUGCAAGCCGUCAAGGAGACGGAGACGAAAACGACCCAGCAAAACCCAGAAGGGCAGAAGUAA